AUGAAACAGCCGAACAUCCCUAAGAACCCAAGUUAUGGCAGACGGGAAAUCAUCACGCUCCCCAAUAAAUCACAUCAUGUCAUACAGGAGCCUGACAUGAAAAAGGAAUCUUCCUUUAAUCAAAAUGUAUUCAAGUUGUCUCUUGCUCUGUCGAAAAGCCGCAUAAAUGAUGCGACGGAGUUGCGCUGCAUGAUCUUGGGUCUCGAUGGCUGUAUCAGAAAAUCCGAAAUUCGAGGAACGAGGGAUGACCUGGCUAAACAGUGGGGAUUAGAUGGUCGGGAUCUACGGAACGUGGACCUUGUCUCGGAGGGAAUCCCACAUUUGUUGAUCCGUCCUUCUGUCAUAUUUAUCAGCAUGUUCACUCUACGGCUCCUCGUUCGGGCAGAUGGAGUGCUUCUUUUCCUUCUCCCGAUUGAGGACUGCCACGUGAAGGUGCAGGAUGUCUUCAUGACAGACCUCCAGGGCAGGCUCCAACACGGUCCUGGAUCUGGUAUUUUAGCAAAACUCCCAUUUGAGCUACGUGUAGUGGAUGCAGCGCUUGCCUCUGUGAUUGCCACUCUUGAAGCCGAGCAUAUACUCAUCCGCCGAGAAGUCGAAGAUAGUUUGCGGGAUUCGACAAGAGAAGACGUUGUUUACUCUGUUCUUCGCCGUUUGCAGGAUCAUAGGAAAAGGGUCGUGGCUAUUCAGCAGCGUGCCCGCCAGUUUCGCUCAGCGUUACGGGAAAUUCUUGAAAAUGAUGAAGAUAUGGCGACCAUGUUCUUGACGGAUCGGCAGUCAGGUCAACCGCAUGAGGUGGAGGAUCAUCUCCAAGUGGAAUAUCUCCUGGAGGCAUAUUACAAAAACACAGAUGCAAUCGCGGAGUCUGCAAGUGCUUUACUUGGAGACCUGGAGCGCACAAUUGAGACUAUUCAGUCGAUCUUGGCUGUGCGACGAAACCAGAUCCUAGUUUUUGAAGCUCAACUAGAGGUCUGUAUGCUGGGAUUCGCCGUGUCGACUUUUGUAGCGGGCCUGUUUGGAAUGAACGUGGUGAACUUUUUUGAAGACAGUACUUGGGCGUUUGUAAGCCUUGUUGGGGCGUGUGUGAUCGGAACGGUCACCAUUGCGAAAUACGGCCUAUGGAAACUCAAUACAUUCCGGAAAUUGCGGUUUUAG